GCCUGACCAGGCUGCCAGGCAUCGGCCCACGCGGCCGGCCACGGCGGGUCGCGGGCCAAUGGGCGCGGUGGGCGGCUGCUGCAGGCGGUGCCGGCGCAGGCAGGCACCGCUCCUCGGGAGGGUGGCGCCGCAGCCCUGCGCGGUGGUGCGGGUCGAGGCGCCUGCUGCUCGAGCUCACGGGCAUGCGCCCGAGCCGACGUCGCUCCAGAAGAGGGCCAGCUUUUCCGCCCUGGAGGGGUCCAGGAUGCUCUCGGAGCUUCCCGAGUUCCGGAGCGGCAGCAAGACUGGCUUCGUCGUGGACGGAAAGGGCAUGAUCGAAGACGAGUGGUGCAUGAGCAAGAAGGCCAUCGGGGAGGGUUCGUACGGGCAGGUUUUCAGGGCGUCGCACCGCAAGACCAGUGAUGUCCGGGCGGUCAAGAAGGUUUCGAAGGACCAGUUGGAACUGGAGGAGAUGCAGCGCCUGAGCGACGAGGUUGCGAUCAUGAAAGUGAUGGACCAUCCAGGGAUCCUCAAGCUGUAUGCGACCUUCGAGGACACCAGCAGUUUCUUCUUCGUCCUGGAAUUAUGCUCGGGCGGCGAGCUGUUCGACCGCCUGGAGGAGGAGACUUCGUUUACCGAGGACAAAGCCGCGGUCCUCAUGGAGCAGGUCUUCCGGAUCGUCUACUACUUGCACGAGAAAAGGCAUCCCGAGGGGAUAGUCGCCACGCGCGUGCUCGCGCACGACCCAGUAGUGCUACACGCAAGGUUCAGGACAACCUGUUCCCUGAAAGUCGAAAACGCCUUCGGGCCCGCUGGGCUGGCGAACUUCUUGUUCAUGUCACAGGGGCCCAUCGACAGCACGCCGAUGAAACUCAUUGACUUCGGAAUGGCCGCGACGGUCCCCAAGGAGGGCGUUUUGACGACGAAGUGCGGCACGCCCUAUUACGUCGCGCCCGAGGUGCUAAAGGGCUGCUACAGAGAGACCUGCGACGAGUGGUCUUGCGGUGUUCUCAUGUACGUCAUGCUGUGUGGCUACCCGCCCUUUAAUGCGACGACGGAUAAGGCCAUCCUGAAGGAGGUGCAGAAAGGACAGUUUUCCUUCCCUUUGGAGGACUGGAGUGACGUCUCCACGUCUUCGCAAAGGCUGAUCACGAGACUGUUGUGUCUCGCCCCCAGCAAGAGGUGCACCGCCAGAGAGGCCCUCGGCGACGAAUGGGUAAAGAAUUUCUGCUCUUCGAGGUCCAGCGCUGUGGAAGCUACACGGAUGACGGGCUUGAUGAGGAACUUGAAGUCUUUCCACAGCGCGAAUAAGCUAAAGAAGGCCACUUUACACGUCAUGGCAAAGCUGGCCAACGACGAUAGAGUCAAGUCCUUGCGGCAAGUGUUCGUGGCCUUAGACACUAGCGGUGACGGCAAGGUCAGCGUGUCCGAGCUUCGCGAUGGCCUCGAAAGGGUGGGCCUCCUAGACAACGACGGCUUGGCAGACGCUCUGAUGGACGUUGACACGGACGGCAGUGGUGAGAUAGACUAUUCAGAAUGGAUCGCAGCCACCCUCGGAAGCAAGCAGUAUUUGGAGCAAGAGGUCUGCCGCUCCGCCUUCAAUGUGUUCGACAGGAACGGAGAUGGGAAGAUUUCGCGAGAUGAGCUGGAGCUUGUUCUGGCAGACACGUCCAUUCGAGGCAUCGUGGGCGAUGAUCCCCUCCAGGCCAUCAAUGACAUUCUGCUGGAAGCCGACGGCGACGGAGACGAGGAACUUGAUUUUGAAGAGUUCAUGCGCAUGAUCAGAUCUGGAGCGCCACCUCUCCGAGGCACCUUGCCCAAAAAUGUCGUGCACCAGCCGUCGGAGGAGGACGGGGCGGUGAACUUCAGGCAGGUGUCUUUCUCAUGCUUGUCGGAACUCACCGACAGCUCCUUCGUCCUGGACGUCAGUGGGCUUGGGCGUACAGACAGGCAGCGAGGCGACCCCUCGAGGUUCUCCUCCGACCAGUCAGUGAACAAGCGCAGGUCGGACGGCUCCUACCCGAUGCUGAGCAGCGUGGAGGGCACCCCGAGGCACGUCGCGUGCACGGGCCCCUCGUUCACGCCGGAGCCGGCGGCCCUGGCGCUGGGCAGCGCCCGGUCCGCGGAGGCCCACGACGGCGAGGCGUGCACGCGGUCGUGGAGCCAGUCCCCGCUCGGGCGGAGGCCGAAGCCGUGGAUGUGCCCUGACGACUCCGAGCGCUCGGUCAGCCACGAGUCUGUCAUGGCGAGGGCGGCGGACCAGGGCGAGGAGCUGGCGCGCACCCGAGCGGGGAGGCAGGCCCGGGAGACGGUCAGGAAGGGCUCCCGGCUGCUGCUGGCGUCCACCGUGAUCUACGGGGUCGCGAGGCUGAUCGAGCUCAGCCACCGCGGCUUCGAUGGGGGGCAGAGGUGCCCGUGGCUCUGGCGCGGGGGCGAGGUGCCGCAGAGCGCGGCCGCCACGCUCGGGAGCCUGGCCGCGGAGGCCCUCGCGGUGCUGGCGGGCUGUCUGCUGACCGCCGCGGUGCUGGGCCGGCGAAGUCUCCGCGCCCACUACGGCGUCCUGCUCGCGCUGGGCCUUUACGUGGCGGUCUUCCCGCUUCUGCCCACGGAGCCCUCGUGCGACGACCAGUGGCAGUACCUGCAGUGCGCGGCGGGCACGGAUUUCUGGCGGGCCGACAUGUACGGCUGCGGCCCACAAGGCCUGACGUCCUCGGUGAUGGUCAUGGCCGUAGUGUGCAUGUCCCCGCACAUCGUGCCCGAGCUGGGGCCGAUGCUGCUGUUCGUGGUUCUCUUUGUCACGGGGUACCUCGUGGCGUCUUUCACCUAUCUCUACGCGACCGAGCUCGGGUAUUACACCUGGGUGGACAUUCUGGUCGCCAUUGUCUUGCUCACUGCCGCCACCGUGAUGGCCGCGCACAGGAAGUACAGGAUGAGCGUGGAGCAGCAAUACUUGGACUUGCUUCACCACCAGGAUUCGCAGGCCACCAGGAAGCUCCUCGACCUGCUCCAGGCGUCCGUGCUGUUCCUGGUGGUCUCCGACUUCGAGGGCCACAUGAGCCGGCGGACGCCAGACCAGCUCCUGGACUUCCUGAACACCCUCUUCGGCAAGAUCGACAGGAUAUGUUUCGACUGCCAGGUCACGAACAUCGAGACGGUGGGCGAGGAGUACGUCGCCGCCGUCGGGGUGAAGCCUGAGGACUACCGGCUCGGGGUCGAAAAGCACAGGGAGGUGCUGGCCCGCCUCAUCGUGGCGGCGCUGGUCAUGUCCACGUCCGUGGGCACGGAGGAGCAGGCCGACCCUGGCGGCCCCCUGAUGGGCGUGCAGUUCAGGAUGGGGCUCCAUACUGGUCCGGUCGUCGCCGGCGUAAUCGGGCAGAAGCUGCCCAGGUUCCGCCUGUUCGGCGAUACCAUGAACACCGCCGCCAGGAUGAUGCAGAAGGGGGUCGACGGCGAGCUCCAAUUCGGGGAGGAGACGCGCGCGUGCAUGCCCAGCUGGGCGCGGCACCGCUUCCGUGGCAAGGUCGAGAUGAAAGGGAAGGGCCAGGUGGACGCGUACAUCCUGGACAGGUUGGGCGAGGACACCCGGGGGGAGGCCUGGGAGCAGAUCCGCCGCUACGGGCUCCGCAAGUCUAGGCGGAGCAGCCUGGGCGGUGUCAUGCCGCUUUACAGCCUCGGCUCCGACGACACGGGGCAGGCGGGUCAGGUGACCGACUGCGCUGGCGCCUGCAGGGGCGCCCGUACCUGGACCUGCGCGGCCUGGGGCGCCUGGUCGGGAAGACUCCGGCGCUGUCUGGUGAACUUUGCCCGCUGCAGCCUGUCGGGCGGCGACGAGGGGGACGUCGAGUGGCUUCAGGAGUUCUACUACUUCCGCAUCGCGAGCCAUCUGGGCCGGCGCUCGGACAGGCUCGCCGUCGUGAUGGUCGUGCUCACCGCGGCGGAGGCUCUCGCGGCGGAGCUGCUGCAGCCUCUCAUGGGGGACGUGUUCGGCGUGCGGCGGACCUGGGUGUUCCUGGCCCUCCGCGCCUCGCUGCUCGUGCUGAUCUUCCGGUGGCGCCUCGUCGCGCAGAACAAGGACUGGGUCCUCCUCGCGCCGAGGGCGGCGGAGCUCUGGCGGUUGGCGCACGCCUGCGUCUUCCUGACCCUGCAGCUCACGGCCUACGCCGUCCUCGUGGUGCCCCUCGCCGACGAGCUGGGCCUGGACCUGAGCGCCUCGCAGGCCAGGGAGAGGCUGGGGAGGAAGCUCCUCCGGAUACCCCUGUGGCAGCUGAUGUUCCUCCUGUGGUACGGGGUGAAUGUGAUGGACCUGCAGCUGCGGCUGCGGCCCACGACCUGUUUUGUGGCGUUCUCGCUGCUUGCGCCGCUACUCCUCUCCGCCGCGAUUCCGGCGGUUCGCAGCCUCGCAAGCGCCGUGCAGCUCACCAGCAUGUUUAUCAUGGGCAUGGCGGCCAUCCAAAUUGCCGACAUUGAUGAAAAGCAGGACCGAUAUCGGUUCAAGGCGGAGAGACAAGUAAAAUCUGCACAGCACCGCAUGGAUUCGAUCUUGAGCCAGUUGGUGCCCCCGCUGGUGGCAGACGAGUUGAGCAGGCGACAGUCUUCCUGGAGCACGGACCUGCUGCACCAGAGCUUGGAGUGCUCCCACUCUUACCAGAAGGCCACCAUCGCCUGCUCGGACCUCGUGGGAUUUACUGCGCUGGCAAGCACACGCACAGCCGCGGAGGUCGUAGCGAUGGUCACCGACCUUUUCGGGCGGUUUGAUUGGCUCAGCGAUUUCUACAGGAUUUGCAAGAUAGAGACAGUCGGCGACGCCUACAUCGCCGGCCAGGCGGCGCGACCGCUCACAUCGAUCUACAGGCCCAUCAGCGUGGUCGUCUUCGGGGUGGAGAUCAUAGAGGCCGUGAACAGCUGGUCGCGUGAGACAGGCAUCCCUCUCGAGUGCCGUGUCGGCGUCCACACCGGCGAGUGCAUCGGCGGCGUCGUCGGCAAGGAGAUGAAGAGGUACCACCUCUUCGGCCAACUGCUGUCGGUCCUGGAGCUCCUCGAGUCCACCGCCCCGACGGGGCAGGUGCACCUGAGCAGGGCCUGCCAGCUGGCCGUGGAGGAGCAGGCCUCUGAGGAGGGGCUCGGCGGCGAGGUCGUGGUCUGCUCUCCCAGGACGGAGGUCGUCCUGCACACGUCGAAGGGGGACCCUGUGCUGUACCAGGACAUGGGUGGCGCGCCAACCUUUGUGGUACAGCGCUGCACCCCCGAGCUCUACAACCCCGAGGCCGCCCCCGCCGCGGAGACCCCCUCGCCGUCGCCGCCGGUGCUGAGGCCCCGCACCCCGCUGGGCGCAGCCCGCAGCCAUGCCCGCAUCCCCGUCUGA